CGCACUCCAUCACUAUCAAUAUAAAUCGCGUGGGACGCCAUUUUGAUAUAGUGCUUUGUGUACGGCAUCAUCAUUUUUCCCAAAAUGAAAACUUUCGAUACGUUGAAAUAACAAAGUGAAAAGUGUGCGCGGGGGUCGCAAGCCAGAUAAAUGGAUUGGGAAAAUGUGGCUCCGCAGUGAAAAACGGAAAAACUUCCGCGCGAUCUGCCUCAACAGAAUUCGGAAAGUGCGUAAAAGUAGGAUCGGACCCAAGCAGAAGAAAACCGAGACGCCCACUCUCUCCGACGAAUGCAAAGAGAACUUUCAGGCCCAGGUGGUGCCCGAGUUCAGCCCCGCGGAGGGCCCCACUGCGGAGACGGAGCUGAAAUGUUUCGAAUACUUUGAGGCCAACAACGCGGUUUCUUAUGAGAAAACACCACCAGACAUUGUCUUAAAUUCCGAUCUUCCGAAAGAAAUUGAGUAUUCCAAUUUCAACAGCGGGCUCGCGAUGGCGUGCGAGGAAACCCUCAACCAUCCCGAUUAUGCUUCAAGCAUGCAGUUUCAUGUCACUGAUAAGAAGGCGUGCGAUAAGUACAAUUUUGAUGUUUUCUCGGAAAAGAUCUGCGAGAGCAUGUACUACGAGUACGGGUCUCUGAGGGACGAUUACCAGGACGUUCAGUUUGAUGUUAACGACUUGAAUAAUGUCAACACACAGGAGUUCACCAAUAUGCUGGACGAGGAGAUGGCACAAGCCAACAUCGGGAACGUCGUCUACGACUACACCACACUCUACCCGGUUUCCAUACCAGAAGGUCACAUGAUUUCAAACAUCACCCCCGAGUCCGAAGACCGCCUCGACAAGCAACCGGAACACGUAGAGGUCGAAGACACAUGGGAAGCUUUCGAUCCUUACUUUUUUAUCAAACACCUUCCUCCUCUAACUUUCGACAUGCGUUCCAAAUGUCCCGCUCUCCCAUUAAAAACGCGAUCCAGUCCAGAGUUCAGCUUGGUUCUGGAUCUGGACGAGACUCUCGUCCAUUGCAGUUUGCAGGAACUCUCCGACGCAAGUUUUCACUUUCCUGUCCUCUUCCAAGACUGUUCCUACACGGUUUAUGUUCGCACGCGUCCCUAUUUCCGCGAAUUUAUGGAAAAGGUUUCUCAAAUGUUCGAAGUGAUCUUGUUCACGGCCUCGAAGCGAGUUUAUGCCGAUAAAUUAUUGAAUCUGCUGGAUCCGGAAAGGAAGUGGAUCAAGUAUCGGCUGUUUCGGGAGCAUUGCGUGUGUGUCAACGGCAACUACAUUAAGGAUCUUUCGAUACUAGGCAGAGAUCUUUCCAAGACUAUCAUUAUUGAUAAUUCACCACAAGCCUUUGGUUACCAUCUUAAUAACGGCAUACCUAUUGAAAGUUGGUUCGUGGACAGGACCGAUUCGGAACUUAUGAAACUGUUACCAUUUUUAGAAGAUCUUGUGCAAAUGAAAGAGGAUGUUCGGCCACACAUUCGCAACAAAUUCAAACUCUUCAGCUACUUACCCCCCGAUUAAUUGGCAGCUGUAGUCGCAUAGACAAUCUCAUACCCACGUAAUACUCUGUUUGUUUUCGUUGAGUCCCAUUGCGUUGAAGUACUGACUGACGUCUGUUGUUUCUUUAAAUUAUGACGCAACUGGAGGUGCCUUUCGGAACGUCUUUUAUACAUUAUUUUAUAAGUAACCGUUUUAUUCAACUGUUGUGUUUUGUCGGUGAUUUAAUUGUGCAAUAUGAAAGAAAUUAUUACAAUUGGAGGUUGGUUUUAAAAUUGAGAGAACCUAGAUUGUAUAUAAUUAUGAAUUGUUGGUCAGUAUUUUAAGAAACAAAAGUAUAUUAACAAAUUAGAGAGUAUAAAGAGUUGAAUUCUUUUAUUGUACCACUUUGUAUAUAGGGAACAAAAACUUAGGAAAAUUCUCUUGCCAUGUAAGGAAAAUAUAUGACCAUAGAAUAGUUGCAAUUUAUGCACAAGAGUAUUUUAUUUGUUGUUUGUUAUAUUUUUUUAAAUGCGUAUUAUACGUAAACAGGGUCCAGUCACCCGCGUUACGUUGUAGAAAAUAUUUUUUUAAGUUGUUAAUUUUUGUUUGACUGGGUCCCAAGUAUUCUAAAUGUUAUAUGUUUUAUAUUUUAUAUAAUGCGUAGCAUGUGCUAACAUACAUCGUGAAAAUGUUCAAGUUCCGCUGUACUUAUUGGAAAAGCCACCCGUUCCGACCAGCCACACUUCAACCAUUUGUUGAUAGUAUAGUUUCAAAGUCUAUAAAAUUAAUGCUUUUUAUAAUCUACUCAUUACGCUACAAAGUGUUAAUCUUUGUUUCCACUGUUAUAUUUAGUUAUUUUUGUAAGAUUAUAUCUUAAUAAAUAAAUAUAUCUCCGUACACAUUAAAAA